AUGGACGACGAUGAAUAUGCCCCACCUCCGGGCCCACCACCAUCACGCGUACCUCAAUACCAGCAAUAUGCUCCACCUCCAGGACCUCCUCCCAGCCAUACUACCAACAACUCUCAUCCCUCUUCUCUCCGCGAAGAACCUUCUCCACCUCCGUAUGAUCCCUGGCUGGGACCAGACGAUUCUCUGCGGCCUCCACCAUCCUUCGCCGCCGUACAGCCUGCAUCUACAAAGUCUCCGACUGGCAAUGCGACAUUUGAUGAUGCCGCUCGUGCUCACUUGUGGAGUCGCUACAACCCUCUCUUUCAACCCGCCACACAUUCUCCUCAAGCUAUUCACCGCAUUCUGUCUUCUGAUCUGCGCCUUACUGUCCCGCCGAAUACAACCGAAGUCACACAAUAUCAGCCCGCCAUCGGACGUACCUACAUCCGUACGACACCCUUCCUCACAGAUACCAUCUUACUGUCCGAUCUUCCUGUAUACUCGCCCAACGCCCAGUCUCCUCUCAUGACCGCCACUCCUCACACCAUUUACUUCGAAGUCGCCGUCAAACACAUCGGUGACCGCUACAAUCCAGCAAACAAGACCGAGUCAGGACUCGGCAUUGGCUUCGUUGCGCCUCCCUACCCGGCCUGGCGACUCCCUGGUUGGAAUCGCGGAAGUCUAGGCAUACACUCUGACGAUGGUCGUCGGUAUGUCGACAACUCGUAUGGCGGAGUGCCUUUCGUCAACGCAUUUGCGGCAGGCGACAUAGUCGGAGUAGGAAUGACAUUCGCUCCGCCGAAACAUGGCGACCGCGCAGGAAUGCGAGCAGAGGUGUUCUUCACGAGGAACGGAACCAGAGAGGGCGGGUGGGAUCUGUAUGAGGAGCGGGAUCAGGCGGCCGAGGAAGGCAAUGUAGAGGGUCUUGAAGGAGAGCACGACUUGUUGGCAGCGGUUGGGCUCUUUAGUGAAGCCGUGCUGAUGUCAUGUCCACGAGUGGACCAUCUUUGGCACGUGCAGAUCUACCCUCGCAGCCACGAGAACGACAGCUUCAACGUGGGAGGUGUCUUCGAAUCCUGCAAAUGA